AGAGAAUGGCAUCUCAAGCAUUAACUAGUUCUCAUCUUUUCCUCUCUCUCUUCUUCAUUGCAUUGUUCUCCAUUUGCUCAUCACUUCCAGUCCCUGACCCAGAAUUGGUAGUAGAAGAAGUACUUCGAAGUACCAAUGCAUCCAGGAGGCAAUUAAGCUACCUCUCCUGUGGCACCGGCAACCCCAUCGACGACUGUUGGCGCUGCGACCCGCACUGGGAGAGCAAUCGCCAACGCCUCGCCGACUGUGCCAUUGGGUUCGGCAAGAACGCCAUCGGUGGCAAGGAGGGGAAAAUCUACGUCGUGACCAACAGCGAUGAUGAUGACCCUGUCAACCCCAAACCAGGCACUAUCCGCCACGCUGUCAUCCAGGAUGAGCCCCUCUGGAUCAUCUUUGCUCGCGACAUGACCAUCAAGCUCAAGGAAGAGCUCAUAAUGAACUCCUACAAAACUCUAGACGGCCGAGGGGCUAGCGUGCACAUCGCUAAUGGAGCGUGCAUAACGAUACAAUAUGUAACCAACAUUAUAAUACAUGGGUUGCACAUUCAUGAUUGUAAGCAAGGGGGGAAUGCGUAUGUCCGGGACUCGCCCGGGCAUUACGGGUGGAGGACAGUGUCGGAUGGUGACGGGGUGUCAAUAUUUGGGGGAAGUCAUGUGUGGGUGGAUCACUGCACCCUGUCCAGCUGUCACGACGGGCUCAUAGAUGCGAUACAGGGGUCGACGGCGAUCACGAUAUCGAAUAACUAUUUGACACAUCACGAUAAGGUGAUGCUUUUGGGGCAUAGUGAUGAGCUGAUGGCUGAUAAGAAUAUGCAGGUGACUAUUGCGUUCAACCAUUUUGGGGAGGGGCUCAUUCAGAGAAUGCCAAGGUGUCGGCAUGGAUAUUUCCAUGUGGUGAACAAUGACUACACUCACUGGGAAAUGUAUGCGAUUGGGGGGAGCGCGGCGCCCACCAUAAACAGCCAAGGCAAUAGAUUCUUGGCUCCGGAUGAUCGCUUUGCCAAAGAGGUGACAAAGCGUGAGGAUACACCAGACAGCCAGUGGAAGAGCUGGAACUGGAGGUCCGAAGGUGAUCUGAUGCUUAAUGGUGCAUUCUUUACACCAUCUGGCUAUGGAGCAUCAUCAAGCUAUGCUAGAGCCUCGAGUUUGAGUGCCAGGCCCUCCUCUAUUGUAGGCUCCAUCACUACGUCUGCAGGUGCACUCAGCUGCAAGAAGGGCACAAGAUGCUGAUCAGCAUUGGGUCGGAAUUAGAUUCUUGGAUAUAUUCCAUUCAAGUAGCCUGGAUUUUCUCUUCAGUGUUUUUUUUAACUACUUGGGACCUAUCAUAUUGUAUACAAAGUGGAAUCUACAUUAUUGACCAUUUAGAUUCCAAA